AUGUCUCUUGAGAGAAGGGUGCUGUUCCAGGGUGAUGGUGGCGUGAUGAGGCUGCUGCUAGUGACGCUGGCGCUGCUCCUCGGCGCCGCGGCCGACCCGCGCCUGCCGCAGAGCACGCCGCGCCCGCGCCACUGGUCGCGCGGCGCCAGGACGCUCUCCGACCGCGCGCCCACACAGUUCGUCGGCCCCCACGUGUGCCGGAGUCGUAACAGCACGCAUUGCUGUCCCGGAUGGACGUCCAGACCUAACUCUUUGCUUUGUGUUGUUCCGAUCUGCCGGCCGGACUGCGGCGGGCCGGGCUCGUGCGUGGCGCCCAACAUGUGCCGCUGCGCCGGCGGCGUGGAGGCGCCCACGUGCGGCGGGGGCGCCUACUACCCCUACCCCGCACGUACUCGUGGAGGAUGUAGACGAAUCUGCAUGAACGGCGGUACUUGCACAAAUGGCACCUGCGCAUGCGCACCCGGCUGGAGCGGAGAGUUUUGUACUGAACCGAUCUGCCGAGAACCCUGUCUACAUGGAGGGAGGUGUAUAGCGCCAGAUAGGUGUGUCUGUUUCCACGGACUGUCCGGUACGCGCUGCGAGAUUGAUCGAAGAACAGGGCCGUGCUACACGGACACGCGCGGCGCGCUGUGCACGGGUGCGCUGGAGGGCGUGGUGUGCACCAAGCAGCUGUGCUGCGCCACGGUGGGCGUGGCCUGGGGCCACCCCUGCGAGCGCUGCGGCGAGCUGGACUGCCCGCCCGGACACCUGCGCAACCUCGCCACCAAGGAGUGCCAGGACAUAGACGAGUGCGCGGCGGUGCCGGGGCUGUGCGAGGGCGGGCGCUGCGUGAACUCGCCGGGCUCGUUCUCGUGCGACUGCCCGCCCGGCCAGCGCCGCCACCGCGUGUCCAACAACUGCGAGGACGUCGACGAGUGCGAGGACCCCGACAUCUGCCCGAACGGAAAAUGCGUGAAUACGGAGGGCGAUUACUACUGCCUUUGUAAUCCUCACUUCAUUCCGAGUCCUGACAAAAAGUUUUGUAUCGACGGUCGUGUUAGUAGCUGUUUCACAUAUUUAGGAGAAACCGGCGAAUGUGCCGACCGACUUUCAAUGCCCCUUUCGAACCGAGAUUGCUGCUGUGGAUACAACAUGGGUCGUGCCUGGGGCGACCUGUGCACUCCUUGUCCGCCGAGAGGAUCUAUUGAGUGGACGCACCUUUGCGGCGGCGGACUUAUCCCACCGGACUGGCGUCGCAACGACUCGAGCGGUGCGGGGGGUGGCUCAGGGGGUGGAGGCAUCGGGGGCGGGGGCGGCCCGCAGCCCAUUGCCAAGAUCAACGAGUGCAUGCUGCGUGUGGGCAUCUGCGGGCUCGGAGACUGCGUCGACAAGGACAUCGGCUACCAGUGCCAGUGCUGGGACGGCGCGGAGGCGGCGGAGCAGGACGGCAACCCGACCUGCAUCGACAUCGACGAGUGCGCGCUGCAGUACUGCCGCGGCGGCGUGUGCGCCAACAAGCCCGGCGGCUUCGAGUGCAGGUGUCCGCCCGGUUUCGACCCCGUUGAGAACGGUCUGCGAUGCAGCGACAAGAACGAGUGCGAGAUGACAAACGGUGGCAUGUGCACCAACGGAGUCUGCACCAAUGUCGACGGAGGGUGGGAGUGCUCGUGCAACCCGGGCUACGAGCAGUCGUCGUCGGGGCAUGCGUGCCGCGACGUGGACGAGUGCGGCGCCAACCCGCGCGUGUGCCGGCGCGGCCGCUGCCGCAACACGGCGGGCGGCUACGAGUGCACGUGCGAGCCCGGCUUCGCGCGCUCCGCCGCCGGCUACUGCGCCGACGUCGACGAGUGCGCCGACUCCUCGCUCUGUCAGGGUGGUCGAUGUGUGAACGGCGAAGGAUCCUUCCAGUGUGUUUGCGAGGCGGGUUACAGACCUACGCCUGAUCGCAGUGCAUGUAUUGACGUCGACGAAUGUUCCGAAUUAAAAGUUUGUCGCAAUGGUCGAUGUCACAACACACCUGGCUCAUUCCGCUGUGAAUGUCUUCCAGGUUUCACUCUGAGCAAUGAUGGAAGGACUUGUCUUGAUGAGGUUCAAGAUUUAUGUUACGAAAAAUUCGAAGAAGGUCAUUGCACUGGACCAGGCACGACACCUGUUACCAGGUCUCAAUGUUGUUGCAGUUCGAGUAAAGGAUUACAUUUAGGUUGGGGUGUAUCUUGUAAAGCUUGUCCAGCGCAAGGCACUAAGGAAUACGAGAUUCUCUGCCCCGAGGGCGCCAGUAAGGAUAAUGGUGGUGCAGACAUCAACGAAUGUACUACGAUCCCUGGUAUUUGUCCGCAUGGUACUUGCGAGAACCUGGAGCCUGGGUACAAAUGUAUCUGCGACCCUGGCUACCAUCCCGACGCUGAUGGUAUCUGCAGGGACAUCGAUGAGUGCGAUAUGCACCAAUCGUACUGCGCGGGCGGCCAGUGCCGCAACACGGCGGGCAGCUUCACGUGCGUGUGCGCGCCCGGCACGCGCCUGGAGCCCGCCGCGCAGCUCUGCCGCGACGUCGACGAGUGCGAGGGUGAGCUUUCCGUCUCGGACUAUGAGCGCGGGGACAUCCCCCCCGCCUUCCCCGUCGCCGCAGAACAAUCGAACCCCUGCGACAACGGACGAUGCAUCAACACGCACGGUAGCUACGAGUGCGAGUGUGAACACGGAUUUGUUUUAGACGCGACCGCCCAACACUGUCUCGAUAAUCGCCGAGGGUCAUGUUGGCGACGAGUGGUUGACGGUCAGUGCGAGGCGGCGGCUCCCAAUACACUGCUGAGGCAGGAGUGCUGCUGUAGUGUGGGGCUUGCCUGGGGCUCUCCUUGUGAGCCUUGUGAGCCGGAUGACUGCCCUUGUCCUAAAGGAUUUGCUAAAUUGGACGGUGCGACAUGUCGCGACGUGGACGAGUGCAUGCUGGACCCCGAGCUGUGCGUGGGCGGCGAGUGCGUCAACACGGACGGCUCCUACCGCUGCGACUGCCCGCCCGGACUCACCCUUGACGCUUCUGGCAACCGCUGCGUGGACACCCGGCGCGAGCUCUGCUACACGGACUACGCGGGCGGGCGCUGCUCCGGGCCGCUGCCGCUGGCGGUGCACCGCGCCAUCUGCUGCUGCUCGUCGCUGGGCAAGGCCUGGGGCGACGCGCGCUGCGAGCCGUGCCCCAAGAAGGGUACUGACGCUUAUCGCAACCUUUGCAUUUCUGACGUCGUCGGCCCACCUUCCACCUGGGGCCGGCCUGGUUCGGGUGGUGCUAAUAAGACUGAUAUAUGGGGUAACGGAGUGGGAGGUGGUGGUGGUGGGGAUGGCUGGGGCGUGGACAAUGGAGGCAGUUGGGGGAACGGGUCAAUUGAUAGCUGGGGAUCAGGUGGCGGGCCGGGAGUUAUUCCUGGACAGAUGGAAGUCAACGAGUGCGCUGCUUUUCCCGGUCUGUGUGGACAUGGCAGGUGCAGAAACAUGCUCGGAACCUUUACUUGUGAUUGCUUUCCUGGAUAUGAAAAAGACUCAAAGAACCACACGUGUGUCGAUGUGAACGAGUGCGAGAUAGUAGACGGUGUCUGCGGCGCGGGCGAGUGUCACAACACGGAGGGGGGCUUCACGUGUCACUGUCGUCCGGGAUACGUCACUGACGAACUGUCCAAGGUUUGCGUUGACGUGGACGAGUGCUCGGAGAACCGCGCGCUGUGCCGCGGCGGGCGCUGCGUGAACACGCCGGGCUCGUUCCGCUGCGAGUGCGCGCCCGGCAUGGAGCUGGCGCCCGACCGCCUCUCCUGCAAGGACGUGGACGAGUGCUCCAUCACCUCCGGCAUUUGCAGUAAUGGCGCUUGUGAAAACUUGAUGGGAACGUACCAGUGUGUUUGUGACGAGGGCUACGCUCAGUCCUCUGUCAAGUCUCACUGCGAAGACAUCGAUGAGUGCACUGAAGAUCCGACUCGUUGUCAACAUGACUGUGUCAACACCCCUGGAUCUUAUCACUGUACUUGCAGAGACGGCUGGCACCUGAGAGCAGAUGGUCGUACGUGUCGGGACAUCGACGAGUGCAGUGGGGGCGCGCGCGUGUGCGGGGGCGGCGCCUGCCGCAACACGCCCGGCUCCUACAUCUGCACGUGCGGCGAGGGGCUGCUGCCCGCGCCGCCGGACGCCAAGCCCACCUGCCUCGACAUCGACGAGUGCCACGACAUCCCAGAGCUGUGCGGCGCGGGCGAGUGCCGCAACACCAUCGGCAGCUUCGUGUGCCGCUGCCCGGACGGCUACAGCGUGAAGCCGGAGCAGGGCCCCGCCUGCACCGACGACGACGAGUGCGAGCUCGGCACCUGCGACUGCCACCCGUCCGCGGACUGCAUCAACUUGCCGGGCUCGUUCCAAUGCCGCUGCCGCGACGGCUGGCGCGGCGACGGCAGCGAGUGCGAGGACGUGGACGAGUGCCUCAGCAACAACGGCGGCUGCCACCCGCGCGCCACCUGCCGCAACACCGACGGCUCCUUCCUCUGCCUCUGCGACACCGGCUACAAGGGCGACGGAUACUCCUGUGUAGAUAUCGACGAAUGUGCAAAUGAUCCAACAUUGUGUGAAAACGGUCACUGCACGAACAUCCCGGGAGGCUACGAGUGCGACUGCGACGUCGGGUUCACCAAGGCUCCUGAUGGAAAAUCUUGUCUUGAUAUGGAUGAGUGUGCGACCUUUGACAACGUGUGCGUGUUCGGUCGCUGUGUGAACACGUACGGUAUGUUCAAGUGUAUCUGUGACAAGGGCUACCAAUCGGACAGUAUCGAUGACUUAAUGCCCGGUUUCAAUUGCACGGAUGUGGACGAGUGCAAGUCCCCGCAGUCGUGUCAGUACGGCACCUGCAUCAACACGCAGGGCUCCUACAUCUGUCGCUGUCCACCCAACUACGAGCUAGUCUCCGACGGAACCGCUUGCUUCGAUUCUAGAAAGGCCCGUUGUUACAGCAAAGUAGAUUUAAGAUCAGGCACUGAACAGUGUCGUGACAGCGACGAGUUGUCUGAAGACAGCACCAUGGCUGCGUGUUGCUGUUCCAUCGGUGCUGCUUGGGGUAACUAUUGUGACCUGUGUCCUGAACCAGGAUCGGAAGCUUACAGACAAUUAUGUCCUGGUGGACCCGGAUACCAACCAGUGCUGGAACCGCCGUCGUACGUGGUGACGCUGGCCGACAUCGACGAGUGCGCGGAGCACGCGGGGCUGUGCGCGCACGGCACGUGCACCAACACGUUCGGCUCGUUCGUGUGCGCGUGCGGCGCGGGCUGGGCGCUGGCGGCGGCGCGCUGCGAGGACGUGGACGAGUGCGAGCGCGACGUGUGCGGGCCCGGCGUGUGCCGCAACCUGCCCGGCUCCUACGUGUGCCUGUGCCCCGAGGGCUACGUCGCCAUGCCCAGCGGCAAGGAAUGUGUGGAUGUACGUCAACGACAAUGCUACAUGGACUGGGACCCCGACACGGGCAGUUGCUCUGCUGCUGUCGGAGUGCCGCAAACUAAAUACCUCUGCUGUUGUUCAGUCGGUAAAGCCUGGGGAGCACCUUGCGAGGCGUGCCCUGACAAGGGUUCCCAGGAACACAUGGCCUUAUGUGGCGAAAAACCAGGAGAGUACAUCAACCCUAUGACAAACGAAACGAAACCAAUCAACGAGUGUGACAUCAUGCCGCAACUCUGUAAACCUGGAACCUGUCACGAUACACCGACUGGCUUCCAAUGCGGCUGUGAUCAUGGCUACGAGCACGACAACACGUCGCACCUGUGCCGCGACGUGGACGAGUGCGCGGCGGGGCGCGCGCCGUGCCGCGGCCUGGCGCAGUGCGUGAACCUGGCCGGCGCCUUCGAGUGCCGCUGCCCGCCCGGCUACCGCCUCACCGCCGCGCUCGACGAGUGCGACGACGUGGACGAGUGCGCCGACGCGCGCCUGUGCGAGCACGGCGAGUGCCGCAACACCGUGGGCUCCUACCGCUGCGAGUGCGCGCCGGGCUACACGCUGCGCGAGAACGCGUGCCGCGACGUGGACGAGUGCGCGCGGCCGCGGCCGCUGUGCCGCAACGGCACGUGCGAGAACCUGCCCGGCUCCUACACCUGCCACUGCGACGAGGGCUUCAAGCCCGGCGCCAACAACGACUGCAUCGACAUCAACGAGUGCCGCGAGGGCGGCAUGGUGUGCCGCAACGGGCGCUGCCGCAACACGGCGGGCUCGUUCCGCUGCGAGUGCGCGCCCGGCUACGCGCUGACGGGCGACGGCCGCAACUGCCGCGACGUGGACGAGUGCUCCGAGCUGCCCGCGCCCUGCGGCCGGGACGGCGCGCCCGCCUGCACCAACACCAACGGCGGCUACGAGUGCUCGUGCGGCGCGGGCUGGCGGCUGGCGGGGCGGCGCUGCGUGGACCGCGACGAGUGCAAGGAGCUGCAGUUCGUGUGCGCCGGCGGCGACUGCCACAACUUCAACGGGGGUUACCGCUGCGACUGUCCCCCCGGCUGGCGUUUUGACAAGGAUGCAGCGAUUUGCGUCGACGAGCGCAGAGAGCUUUGUUACGACGAGUGGGAGGGCGGACGGUGCCACAAGGCGCGCCCACUGCAGCUGAGCAGGCCUGACUGUUGCUGUUCUGAAGGAGCUGCAUGGGGCAGGUACUGUGAACGGUGUCCCAUACCAAACUCCCCAGAAUUCCUCCGCAUCUGUCAAGGUGGAAUGGGUCGACCGAAUCUGACGCACGAUCUCGACGAGUGUAAAGUUCGUCCGGAUGUUUGCAAAGGAGGACAUUGUAUAAACACAGAUGGCUCCUUCCGGUGUGAGUGUCCUCCAGGAUACAUCCUCGACAGUACGGGAUUGGUGUGUGUGGAUGCAGAUGAGUGCGCCACUGACCCUAGGAUAUGUGGGAACGGAACCUGCACGAACACUCCUGGAGGUUACGAAUGCAGAUGUAAUUACGGAUUCACACAGGGUACUGAACAGACGUGCGUGGACAUCGACGAGUGCGCGGAGGGGCGCGCCGCGUGCUCGUUCCGCUGCCACAACACGGCGGGCUCGUUCCGCUGCACGUGCCCCUUCGGCUACCGCCUGGCGCCCGACGGCGUGCACUGCCGCGACGUGGACGAGUGCGCCGCGCUGCCGCCGCUCUGCGCGCACGCCUGCGAGAACGUCAUCGGCUCCUACGUCUGCAAGUGCCCCGAAGGCUACAAGCGCACGUCCGCGCCGCACGACGCGCCGGACGCGUGCGAGGACGUGGACGAGUGCGCCGAGCUCGCGGACCGCUGCGCGCCCGGCGUGUGCAUCAACACGGACGGCGGCUACACGUGCGACUGCGACGCCGGCUACGAGCCCAGCGAGGACGGCCAGGCCUGCGUCGACCGUCGAACCGGCAUGUGCCACAGAUCCGUGGUGUCCGGCCGCUGCGUCCCCGAGCCCUGGCCGCGCGCCGUCGCCUCGACGCCCACACCACCGACACAAGUUACCAAAGCUCAAUGUUGUUGUACUCUCGGCAUGGCGUGGGGUCCAGAGUGCGAGCUGUGCCCAGAUCACGGAACUCAAGAGCGAUUGGAGCUAUGCUCAAGUAUCAACUUGAUACCGAAGUUGCCGGGCGUAGGUGGCAUCACCUUGAUACCGGAUGUAUUUGGCGAUGUUGACGAAUGUGCGGCCAUGCCUGGGCUCUGUGCCCCGGGACGAUGUGUCAACACUAUUGGCAGUUUCCGAUGCGUCUGCGGUCGUGGCUACAAAGCGGCUGGCGACAUUUGCGCGGACAUAGACGAGUGCCUCUCGCGUCCUUGCGAUCACCUGUGCAAGAACACAGAAGGUUCCUAUGAAUGUCUUUGCCGACAUGGUUACGAAGUGGACGAGGAUGGAGCUAACUGUAGAGAUAUAGACGAAUGCGAACGAGGCACGCACACUUGCCAGCAAACUUGCACCAACACCGAAGGAUCGUUUGAAUGUUCCUGUCAAGAUGGUUAUGAGAAACGCGGUGAUGCUUGUGUGGAUAUCAACGAGUGCCGCGAGGAGGGCCUGUGCCCGGCGCCGGGCCGCUGCGUGAACCUGCUGGGCUCGUUCCGCUGCGUGUGCCCGCGCGGCUUCCGGCUGGACGCGGAGGGCGCGCGCUGCGUGGACCGCGACGAGUGCGAGGACGGCCGCUGCGCCGCGCCCUGCCGCAACUACGCCGGCGGCUACCGCUGCCAGUGCCCGCCAGGCACGACGCGCUCGGCGAGCGGCGCGUGCCUGCCGCAGGACGCGUGCGCGGACGCGCCGUGCGGCGCCGCGCCGUGCUUCCCGCUCGCCGCCGACUACCGCUGCGGCUGCCCCGCCGGCUACGGCUGGGACGCGGCGCACGCCGUCUGUCUGCAGCUGGCGGGCGGCUGCGCGGGCGCCAGCUGCCUGUUCGGCUGCACGGCGCUGGGCGGCUCGUUCGCGUGCGGCUGCCCGGCGGGCUACGCGCUGGUGGGCGCGGGCCACUGCCUGUCGGCGCUGGACGGCGCGCUGGCGCCCGGCGACAUCGGCGACGCGCCCGUGUUCCCCGUGCGCGACCAGUACAAGGUCGGCGGCCACGGCGACCUCAUCUCCACCGAGGGCUGCUUCAGCUGCAAGAUAAAUGGACGCAGACGUCGAGCACCAGAUGAAGGUAUCAUAUUUGCAAAUGGAACCACCGUUGUCAGGCAUCGUAAGAGGCGUAGCAGACGUCGUCGUUCCCUCCUGGAACCGGAAGCAGAACUAAUAGUAGUGAAAGCGACCCCCAAGCAAACAUGGGGACGAGCGCCGCUACUGAGGCUGGUGCCGGCCGCAGGGGAUGGACACCCGCACUACCGCAUCGCGUAUGGCGACCCUGACAGAGACUUCGUACUGUCCAAGCGGGACGGCACGUGGGCGCUGCGGUUGAGGAAACACCUCAAGUCGAAAGAAACCCUGGAGCGCCAGCUCGAGUUAGAAGCUCGCUUUGUGACGCCGCCCGGCUCCGUCCGCGGAAAACGGCAUAUUGAAGACGCGCCCGCACCUCUGCGACUCUAUGUGUCCGUGCGUGUGGUGCCCUCGGGCUGACCGUGGGCGGAGCGUGGGUGGAUCGUGGGCGGAUAGUGGGCAGGUGGGCUUUCCCAAUGCUCGUGAACCUUAUGCACACCAGUGACGAUGUGCUGCCGUGCGAGUGUUAGUUAUUGUACAUAAGAUAUGAAAGCUGGGCUCCUAUAUUUAGAAAACAAUUAGUUUUACCCACAAAAAGUGAAAUUUGUAACACGACAUGUUCGAUACUUCGUUCGUGAAAAAGAGUGAUAUUUAUUUUAAAUAUAGGAACCAAGCAUAGGUGAGUUACAGUCCGGUUCCAAUAUUAAAAAACGAUUCGUUUUGUUCAAAAUUUCGCACACCUACUGGUCGAAGUCGAACGGUUUUUUCGCACAGAAAUUCGAAAGCAGAACAGAGUUCGUAAGCAGAACGAAUCAUUUUCGAAUAUGGGAACCGGGCUUAAAAGCACUGCCAUAUUAAAAAACGAGUCAAUUCCUGAAUCACUGCCGUUUAUUUUAUUGAUAUUCGUUUGCUUCGUCAAAAAUAUUCGUCUCUGCAUAAUGAAGGUUCGCGUAAUGUUUAGUUAGGUCUUUUGAAUAUGCGAUUACACACUUAUAUAGACACACUACGUACGUUAACUAAUAUUAACUUAUCUGAGUGUUUGAAAAUUUACCGUUACAUAUAGUACAGCGCCAUCUAUUACGAGACUAGUGAAACUUUAAUUUAUAAAUAAGAUUUUAUAACAAAGUUUUCAUUAAUGAUGAUAGACCAAGAUGAAUAAUAAAUAUAUAAUGUAAUGAUCGCAUAUCGAUAGGUUUAGGAUCGUCGAUUACUCGAGUCUGAGACGAUCUCGUCGGCAGUAUUAAUUAUGUGAGGUGAUUGAAUGCAUAAUACCUAGAUCUAGUUUAGGUCUCCGUACCGUACUAAGCGUCCCUCUGUAGGGGUUAAAAAGGGUUUUUUAAGUAUAGUAUCGCUAUAAUCCAGUAUCGAUUGUAUUGUCGGUUUGAUUAAAGCAAUCGUAAAAAUCAUUCGUUUAUUAUCAAUAUCGAUAUAUCGUUUUCCAUUUUUUUUAAUAUACGCCAUUUUUAUGUGCCAGUGUUUAGAAAUAACUUUUGUUUAAUAGCAUAAUAUUUAAGGAAAUUAUUUAUUUUACACUUUUUCAAUUUUAAAUAAUGACUUCGUGAAAUAUAAUUUUUAACGGUACUCUUGUUAUGUAUGCUUCAAUAACUGUGUAAGGUUUUUUUUUAAGAAUGCAAUAGAUAUGUUUUAUUUUGUAAAUAUGUGCAUAUAAAUGAAUAUAAUUAAUAUAAAGUAUAUUGUUCGUUAUAUAACAAUGUUUUAACUUAGGUUUUAAUUCGAAGUGGCAAAUUUUUAAAUUAAAAAAUAAACAAAUUUUAAAAUU